AUGUGCGGAAGAUACGCAUUAGGCUACAGCGGCAUUGACGUCGGUAGAAGACUCACUGAGCUCGAUAUAACCUAUGAAAGUCCAGAAGAUGGACCUGUAAACUUCGAAAGUUCCUAUAACAUCGCGCCCACGCAAAGAGCACCAGUUCUUACAAAUCACGAACAUUUGAGGAGUAUGCAAUGGGGUCUUGUUCCACACUGGACAAAAGACGUGGCCAAGUCGCAGCCCUACAAGACCUUUAAUGCACGUAAAGAAAACAUAGCGACAAGUAAAAUGUGGGCCACGCCCUGCAAUUACAAAAGAUGCGUGGUACCCGUGAGUGGUUAUUACGAGUGGCAAACUAAAGGCAAGACCAAGAUCCCAUACUAUAUCACGAGGAAGGAUCGUGAAUUGAUGUUUUUGGCCGGUAUGUAUGACCAUGUGGAGGCCCAAGAUUUCUAUUCAUAUACUAUUAUCACAGGACCGGCGCCUCCGGAGUUGGAGUGGCUCCACUUUCGCAUGCCUGUUGUAUUGGAACGCGGCUCAAAAGAGUGGAACAUGUGGCUCGAUGAGUCAAAAACCAGUUGGAAAGAGUCGGAACUGGAACAAACACUAAAAGCAUAUUGCGACAAAAGCGUUUUGGAGUGGUGGCAGGUAAGUUCUGAGGUCGGGAAGGUUGCAAACAACGGAAAGUGCCUUGUUUCCCCAGCAAAGGGCGCUGUGCGCGACUUUUUCAAAAAAGAGGACAAAACAAAAAAAUCUUUGGUGAAGGGCGAACAAAGUUCGCGCUCGGAUUUCGAAAGCUCGUGGAAGCAUGAAGAGAAAGACGACAAAAAGCCUAGCCUUCAUGAAAGAGACGAAAAUUCUCAGAAACACUCUAAAGAGGAGCCGCGAAAGCUUGAAGAAGCGAGUGAUGUCAAACAAGAGCCUGAAGUAUCGCUAAAGAGCGACCUAAACCAGAAAACAACUUCAAAAAGAGGCAUCGAAAACAUGCUCCGCGGCUCUAUUAACAAACGUCAAAAAAGAUGA